AUGGCGAAAAUUAAGAAGAAGGGAACCUCCGGCCAGGCCAAAAACUAUAUCACGCGUACUCAGGCCGUGCGAAAACUGCAGAUAUCUCUGCCAGAUUUUCGACGACUUUGUAUCUUUAAAGGAAUCUACCCUCGUGAACCGCGGAGCAAGAAGAAGGCAGCCAAGAAUUCCACUCCCAACACCACGUUUUACUACACAAAAGAUAUCCAGUACCUCCUCCAUGAGCCAUUGCUUCGAAAAUUCCGCGAGCAAAAGGCGCUGUCAAAGAAGAUCGCUCGUUCCCUCGGCCGUGGUGAAGUAGGAGAUGCCGCGCGACUCGAGAAAAACCUUGCUCCCAAACUCAGCCUAGACCACAUCAUCAAAGAACGAUACCCGACUUUUGUCGACGCCUUGAGGGAUCUCGAUGAUUGUCUUUCAUUGCUGUUCCUCUUUGCAAGCUUGCCGUCAACCACAUCAGUUCCCCCCAAGACGAUUGCUCGAUGCCAACGGCUCUGCCACGAGUUCCAGCAUUACCUGAUCACCACGCAUUCGCUUCGCAAGUCUUUCUUGUCAAUCAAGGGCAUAUACUACCAAGCGACGAUUCAGGGCCAAGAUAUUCUUUGGCUUGUUCCGUAUCGCUUCGUCCAAAAGGUAAACGGCGACGUCGACUAUCGUAUUAUGGCUACCUUUGUCGAGUUCUACACUACUCUUCUUGGCUUCGUCAACUAUCGUCUGUAUACCUCCAUUGGCUUGGUCUACCCCCCGAGGUUCGAUUCUGCUAGUGACGAGCGAGGUGCUGAAUUGGCCGCGUUCAAACUCGAAAGCAAGAACGUGGGUCAGCUAAAGGCUCUUGAGCAGCCUACAACAAAUGGAAGUCAGCCUAGCAACGAGGUCUCAAAGGAGAUCCAAGAGAAGGUUGAUGAAGUCGUUAAGUCUGCUGGUUUGGAUCAGGGUACGGACAACCAGGUUGCCGAGGAUCAAACGACCAACGAAUAUGCUAUCGACAAGUUUGAGCCUGCUGCCCCUGAAGCAGACAUGUUGCCUCAACCCGAUGGAAGCGAAAGUGAGGCUGGAAGCCUGUUUUCUUCAUUCACCUUCUUCAUCUCACGAGAGGCUCCUAAGGCGCCGUUGGAGUUCCUUCUACGAUCCUUCGGUUGCAAGCGCAUCGCGUGGGAUGAAGUCGCGGGCGAAGGUGCUUUCACCAACGACGAAAACGAUCCGCGUAUCACUCAUCAGAUUGUUGAUCGCCCACCUCUUCCGGAAUCAGCGCUCCCGGCAGUCCCCGAGAACACAAGUGGUGAUUCAGGACGACUCCGACGCGGUGGUCGCAUUCCGGGUCGCACAUAUGUCCAACCACAAUGGGUAUGGGACUGCGUCAACGAAGGAAAGCUUCUACGACCAGAUAUCUACGCGCCUGGCGCAACCCUUCCGCCGCAUUUGAGCCCGUGGGUCAAGGCCACCAGAGGAGGCUAUGAUCCUCGGGCAAGCUUGGCCGACCAAGAAGAGGAGGGUGAAGCCGAACGUGCGGAAGAAGUUGAGGACAGUGAAUCUGAAGAUGACGCUGAAGAUGCGAAGAAUACUGGCGAAGAUGAAGAUGUUGAGGUAGAUGAAGACGAAGAAAGUGAAAUGGAGGAUGACCAUGGAAUGGACGUGGACGGUUCCGAGGAGAGUGACAGUAACGAGGAAGAGAACGAUGAUUUCGACGGCUUCGAUGACGCUGCAGAGGUAGCUUCAGAGUCUGAAGACGAGGACGAGACAUUACGGUCUCAGCACCAGAAGGAACUUGAAGCCGAAGCUGCGGGUCUUCCAUUCAGCGGAUCGGCUAACGGCUCAUCUGCAAAGAAGUCGUCUUCGAAGAACAAGAAAUAUCAAGCUCAAAAGCGAAAAGAAGAAGAGGAGUUGGAAAGACAGAAGAUGAUGAUGAGUCGGAAGAAACGGAAGUUGUUGGAUAAGAUGCUCUAUUCGAACAAGAAGAAGGAUGAAGAGGCGCAGAAGCUUCGCAGCAAGCGGAGAAAGAUUGAGAAUGCUGCAAAAUCGAAAGUUUAA